AUGCAGGUGGGCAGCAAAGUCCCCGCCGCUCGCCUCUCCCGGCACUGGGAGCGCUACCGCCCUCCCGACGUGGGAGAGCCGGUUCCUGGCCGCGCGCCCUCCCCGCCGGGGCGUCCUGCCCUUCGAGGGGCCCCGGUCCCCAAGGUGGUCGCGGCGGCGGCAUCCUCAGGCCAGGCCGCGGGGGGAGGGGGCGGCCUGGAGGCAGUGACGGGGUCAGCACGGGCCACCGCAAGCAGGGUCAUGGAGCCCAGGGAGUCGGGGAAGGCUCCUGUGACUUUUGACGACAUCACGGUAUACUUGCUUCAGGAGGAAUGGAUGCUGCUGAGUCAGCAACAGAAGGACAUCUGUGGUUCUAACAAGCUGGUGGCACCAGUAGGACCAACUAUUGCCAACCCAGAGCUGUUCUGUAAGUUUGAGCGAGGGCCAGAGCCAUGGCUAGGCAGUGCCCAGGGCCAGAGGAAUGUCCUGAGCCACCACCCAGGGAAAAGCCAGAUGGGCUGCAUGGAAGAAGCAGGCGGGCAGAGUCCGGCCAUAGAAGCUGGACCAUACCUGCCACCUCAGAAGAAAGCCUGUCUUUCCCACUUCAGCACGGAGCGUGGCAACACCGAGGGAGACUGUGCAGGAAAAAGCAAAAAACCCUUGAAACCCCGGUCGAUCCAGAAGUCUUGGUUUGCGCAGUUCCCGUGGUUAGUCAUGAACGAGGAACAGACGGCUCUCUUUUGCUCUGCUUGCCGAGAGUACCCGUCUGUCAGAGACAAACGGUCAAGGUUAAUAGAAGGCUAUACGGGACCUUUCAAGGUGGAGACGCUCAAAUACCACGCCAAGAGCAAAGCUCACCGGUUCUGCGUCAGUGCCUUGGCAGCCCGGGACCCCAUCUGGGCAGCCCGUUUCCAGAGCAUCCGAGAAGAAUCCGGAGAUGUUCUGGCCAACCCGGAGCACCUCUUCGCGGCCGAUUAUCCCAUGUUGUACCCCCCCGGGCCUCUGGGAGCCUAUGAGAACAUGGCCCAGCUCCUGCCCAGCUCCAGGGCUGAACUGGGGGACCCCGGAGGGGAUGAGACCAUUCCUGCAUUAUAUCUAGACUGCAUUUCUGAAUUGAGGCAAAAAGAAAUUGCUGAUGGUGUGUACGGCGCCUCAAGUGUUAACAUUGUGUGUAAUGGCGCUGCCGAACCCCGCGGCCAGGAUCCUUCUGAAGAAGGGCUGUUUGAGGAGGUUCCCGUGGUGUUUGAGGAGCCCCCGGUGGUGUUUGAGGAUGUGGCGGUGUAUUUCACCCGGGAGGAGUGGGGCAUGCUAGUCAAGCGGCAGAAGGAGCUGUACAGAGACGUGAUGCGGCUGAAUUAUGAGCUGUUGGCUUCCCUGGGGCCUGCUGCUGCCAAACCAGACUUGAUCUCGAAGCUGGAACGUCGGGCUGCGCCCUGGAUCAAGGACCCAAAUGGGCCCAAGUGGGGGAAAGGUCGUCCUCCAGGGAAGAAGAAGAUGGUGGCCGGAAGAGAGGCAGAAACACAAGCCUUGGCUGUAGAAUCCACACUGCUUCCGGCCCCUUCAAUGGAGACCUGUGAUUCCUACUGUAAUUCCAGCCUUUGUGAAGUCGAAGCAGAUGGACCCAGGAAAAUCAAGAGGACUUACAGACCCCGUUCAAUACAGAGGUCGUGGUUUGGGCAGUUCCCGUGGUUAGUAAUCGACCCCAAAGAGACCAAGCUCUUCUGUUCCGCUUGCAAAGAAAGACCCGGUCUCCACGACAAAUCGUCCCGGUUAGUCCGCGGUUACACGGGGCCUUUUAAAGUGGAGACUCUGAAAUACCACGAAGUCAGCAAAGCACACAAGCUCUGUGUCAACACUGUGGAAAUCAAGGAAGACACCCCUCAGGCUGCCCUAGUCCCUGAGAUCUCCAGUGACCUGAUGGCGAACAUGGAGCACUUUUUCAAUGCCGCCUACUCCAUCGCGUACCACUCGAGGCCGCUGAAUGACUUCGAGAAGAUCCUGCAACUCCUCCAAAGCACCGGGGCCAUGAUCUUGGGCAAGUACCGCAACCGCACCGCGUGCACGCAGUUCAUCAAAUACAUCUCCGAGACGCUCAAGAAGGAGAUCCUGGAAGAUGUCCGCAGCUCCCCUUGCGUGAGUGUGUUGUUGGACAGCUCCACAGACGCCGCCGACCAGUCCUGCGUGGGGAUUUAUAUCCGCUACUUUAAGGGGAUGGAGGUGAAAGAAUCGUACAUCACUCUGGCCCCUCUCUACAGUGAGACAGUGGACGGAUACUUUGAGACCAUCAUCUCUGCUCUGGACGAACUGGACAUCCCCUUCCGGAAGCCCGGUUGGGUGGUGGGCCUGGGAACCGAUGGCUCGACCAUGCUGAGCUGCAGAGGGGGCCUCGUGGAAAAGUUCCAGGAGGUCAUCCCCCAGCUGCUGCCCGUCCACUGCGUCGCCCACCGGCUGCACCUGGCCGUGGUCGACGCUUGUGGGGGCAUCGAUCUGGUGAAGAAGUGUGACCGGCACAUCCGGACCGUCUUCAAGUUUUAUCAGUCCUCCAAUAAGAGGCUGAAUGAGCUGCAGGAAGGCGCGGCUCCCCUAGAGCAGGAAAUCAUCCGCCUGAAGGACCUGAAUGCCGUCAGGUGGGUGGCCAGCAAGAGGCGCACGUUGAACGCGCUCAUCGUGAGCUGGCCGGCGCUGGCGAGGCACCUCCAGGGCGUGGCGGAGGCCGGGGGCCAGGUCGGGCACAGGGCCAAAGGCAUGCUGAAGCUGAUGAAGAGCUUCCAUUUCGUCAAGUUCUGCCACUUCCUUUUGGACUUCCUGAGCAUCUACCGGCCUCUGUCCGAGGUGUGCCAGAAGGAGAUCGUGCUGAUUACGGAGGUGAACUCCACACUGGGACGGGCCUAUGUAGCCCUGGAGACCCUCCGUCACCAGGCAGGGCCCAAAGAGGGAGAGUUCAACGCUGGCUUCCAGGACGGGCGGCUCCAUGGCGUCUCCCUGGACAGAGCAGAGAUGGCAGAGCAGCGCUUCCAGGCGGACAGGGAGAGAAUGAUCCUGACCGGGAUCGAGUACCUCCAGCAAAGGUUUGACACAGACCGGCCCCCGCAGCUCAAGAACAUGGAGGUAUUUGACACCAUGGCCUGGCCAAGUGGGAUUGAACUUGCCACUUUUGGGAAUGAUGAUAUCCUUGCCCUUGCCAGAUACUUUGAGCUCUCGCUCCCCGCAGGGUUCAGCGAGGAAGCACUCCUGGAGGAGUGGCUGGGCCUGAAAGCCAUCGCCAAGAACCUCCCGUUCUCCAUGCUGUGUAAGAACGCCCUGGCCCAGCACUUCCAGUUCCCCUUGCUGAGUAGGCUCCUGGCGGUGGUGGCCUGCGUGCCCGUCUCCACCUCCUGCUGUGAGCGGGGAUUCAGCGCCAUGAAUCGGAUCAGGACCGACGAGAGGACCAAGCUCUCCAAUGAGGUGAUCAACAUGCUCAUGAUGACGGCAGUGAACGGUGUGGCAGUCACAGAGUAUGACCCCCAGCCCGCCAUCCAGCACUGGUACCUGACCUCCUCGGGCCGGCGUUUCAGCCACGUCUACACUUGUGCCCAAGCGCCGCCCCGCUCCCAUGCGGGGCUCAGGAAGGAGAAGAUGGGGGCACUCUAUGCGGAGGAGGCCGUGACCCAGAAGCUGCCCCUUCAACCCUACGAGGAGCCCACCGAGAUCCUGAAGGACGGCAUCGUGGACCCUCCCGGCAGACUCCCGUACCUGCAUAGCAGCCAGGGGGCCCCUGAGCUGUCCUGACAGAGAGCUCAUGUAGGACCAGGAAUCCGGGGGAUUGCCCCUUGGGAUCAUGGUGACAGGCUCAGUCUAUGCUGCCCUAGAGCCUUCAAGGGGGGGUGGCGGUGGUGCUCUCCAGGCACCAGGAAGUGGGCAGGGACAAGGGAGUUAAGCCCCCCUCCCGGAGAGGCAGGGUGAUCAGGAGCACAGACCUGCUUCCCAAGGCCCCUCUCUGAGCAGCGGUGACCUCCCAGCACUUAAAUAUGCAGAAAGGCUCCUGGCUCAGAUUCAUUUUUAAGGUGCUUGAGGAAAUAAUCCCAUCAUGAAAAUGCCACCGCGUGAUCUGGUAGCAAGAGGACCUCUCUGAAGCGGGAGAGAGACUGUUGGGGGCGGGGGUUUCCAGAAGCACCCCACCCCCACCGGCCCCCUGGAUGGUCGGGGAGCCUUCCGGAGAGGCUGCCCACAGCCUCGGUGGCCUGGAGGAGGCACUGUGAGGGCAGAGGAUGACCAGGCUCUCAGGACCACUGCCCCAGCCCUGGGGUCUGUCACCCUCGCUCCAUGGCAGAAGCAGGGAAGCUUCAAGUACAGACGGGAGACUCGCAGCAGAGAAUUUCUCUACCUCCUCCAGGGCCUCCCUUAGGAGAGGCAAGCGAAACCGUCUCCACGGAGCACUCCAGAGAGGUCUGCGUCUCCUAGCCCUGGGACAAUGGAAGCAAGUCUUUCCCGGCACAGCCUGCUGCUUCCCGGUGGUGGCCGCACUUAAGUCUGACCCGAGCCCGGUGUCCUGAGGAGCAGACACGUCCACGCUUUCACCUGGGAGGCUUGGGCUCCAGCCCCAGCUCUGCUGCAGGCAGACGUUCAACCAUAAUGAAUCCCUUCCUCUUUCCUGUGCCUCAGUUUCCCUCUCCCUGAUGUGGCAGCAGAGAAUUCAAGUGCCUGCCGGCUCCUGGUCUGCCACUGGGCUGAUGCGUGGCGGCGCCUCCAGCUCCCUGAAAGUCAGACCUCAGGCUGCACCGAGCGGACGGAGCUGCCUUCAGCCCUCGUCUUCAUCCCUUGCUACCGAUGUUCUCGUGGCGGGAACAGAGCUCCCUAAAUGCGCCAUCAGCACCGUGGCCUAGUCCGCUCUGCCUGGGACCUCGCCUGGGGGUCAUUACGCUCCACUCCUUACCUGCUUGAGCCGACCCCGGGGCGGGGGCUCAGUGACCGGCAGUUUGGAGCAAGGCCCUCCAGGAAGUCACUCAAGCUUGAGGACACGUUCCUGGAGGCUCAGAAGGGUAUCUUGCCCAACUAGGUCCCCACUCCCCCUCACCCCUCUCCCCUCACUCCCUGAAGCAAAGCACUCCCCCCCCCUCCCCCCCGCCCCGGGCACUUUGUUUUGGCAGGUUCCUAGGCUGCUUAUCUGGUGGGGAUGAUGUGGGGCCUGGGUCCCGCCUUCCUAACCACGGGUAGGAAACCAGGGGAGGUUUGAGGGUAGGGCUCCUUUCACCCCUGCCUUUUGCUUGUUUAAGACAGGCAGGAAGUGUGCUGCAUCUUGGCCUUGCGCCCCCCCCCCCCGCCCCCGCCCUGUGCUGCAUGCUAAGUCACCUGGCCCUCAGCCAGCACUCUGUCCUCUGGCCCGUGCUGAGAGGUGCCGCUAUCGACUGUCGCCCUCUAAGACAGACCCCCCCCCAACAGUUCCCAGUGUUUCUGACUCUCCCUUCCCAUCACCCACCUUUAGCACUUAGCCUAAGUGCCAUCGCCUUCCUGUUUUCUUCAGCUACGAGCCAGGAAUUCGUUCCCACUUUCUGCCUCCUACUAGUCUGUGGAGAUGCCCCUCUUCCAGCCCCGUGGUCAGGGGUCUGAGGUAUACCACCGGCCUUCGGAGCUCCAGCUGUAUCAGGGUUAGUGUCCACACCGCCGAGAGGGAGCCCAGGCCUCCCUCCCCUGUUCACACAAGGCUCUGUGGGGAGUUCAGGGCUCUGCCCUAUGGGUGCUGUGGCUAUAAAUUGGUGGGAUGGAAGAGAGAAAGACCCUAUAAAAUAGGGCUCGUUUGCCCCCGCCCCCCAAUCCAUAGUUUCCAAAUCAAGGUAACUUUCUGGCAAGCAUCCUCCCUGUGGGUCUUCCAUCCUGUGAGAAUCCUCAGAGCACGAGGCUAGUCCUGCGAGCAAUGGACUCACACACACUAGGUGCCGAGGUGGAGGCCAGGUAGGGAAGCAUCCAGCCUCCACAUCCAUGUGCUGAGGAAGCCUCCAAUACCAGCUGGUGAGAAAGUCGGGUCCCUUGGAGGGGGCGAUUGAAAAUGCUUUUUGUUUUUUUUGGCAGAGAUAUGCACUGCCCACAUUUCUCGAGGGGCACAGGCAUGCUAGCUAAUGGCACAGAGGCCUACGGUGCUUUGGUGCAGGGCCCCAGGGCUGACACGCGUGAACACCUUGACCGGAGACGAUCACCCAGCCUGAAUUCUUGGUUUUGUUUCAAGACACUGGCCGUGUUUCAAAUCCAGGGCCUGGAGAUACCCUUGUUGGAGAGGCUUCCUAUUUUUGCCUCACAAGAAAACAAGCUGAAGAGGAGGAAGCCUUUGGCCAGAGCCCUAGCCAUGCCUCCACCCUCCUGUGCCAACAUGUGCCCAUCCGGGCAUCCUCCCACUCCGUAACUGAUGCCCAUGGGGUCUGGCGUCCUGAGUAACCCGCAUUAUAGCUGAUGGUUUGAUUCCAGUUGCCAUGGAGACCACGUGGGAGGGAAUUCAGCCCCCUGUCCUCGCCGGACACCUUAGACAGUGUAACCUCCAGACCUUUCGGUUCUUCCUCAAGCCUAUGCUGAGUUCCUAGGGUGCUAAGUGUUUGGCAAGGCAGUGUGAGGAUUGGCCAAUUCCCGCAAGCAGGUGUCUGGCAACCAAGGAUACUCAGGGUGAUUGGCAAGGGGGUGUCCUCCCCUCUUCGGGCUUCAAAGAUGUGCACGUGAGGUUUUAAAAAACCACGUCGGCUUCUCAACUUUUUGCUACCUGAAUAAAGCAGUUUAUAUCGACAA